GCCGCCGCCGCCGCCGUCGCCGCCGCCAUCACGACCGAGAUCGAGAUCGGAUUGACGACGUAGGGAGAUCAAAUUCGACCGCGUUCGAUCUCGACAUCUGGGAAUCCCCCCCGGAAACCUCAGGGAGAGAGACACACACACCAUGUCUGCGGAGAUGUCGAGCAUGGAUCCCGAGAGCAGCAUCGACGGCGUCCGCAUGAGCUGGAACGUGUGGCCCCGCACCAAGGUGGAGGCCAGCAAGUGCGUGAUCCCGCUCGCCGCCUGCAUCGCCCCGCUCCGUCCCCACCCGGACAUCCCCACCCUCCCCUACGCUCCGCUCCGCUGCAAGACCUGCUCCGCCGUCCUCAACCCCUUCUCCCGCGUCGACUUCGCCGCCAAGAUCUGGAUCUGCCCCUUCUGCUACCAGCGCAACCACUUCCCCCCGCACUACGCCGCCAUCUCCGACACCAACCUCCCCGGCGAGCUCUACCCCCAGUACGGCACAAUUCAGUACUCUCUCCCCUCCAUGACCCCCAACAACCCCGGCGAUCCGCACUCCCAUGCCUCCCCCGUCUUCAUCUUCGUCCUCGACACCUGCAUGAUCGAGGAGGAAUUGGGCUUCGCCAAGUCGGCCCUCAAGCAGGCGAUCGGGUUGCUGCCGGAGAACGCCCUCGUCGGGUUCGUCUCCUUCGGGACGCAGGUCCAGGUCCACGAGUUGGGGUUCUCCGAGAUGUCUAAAGUUUAUGUCUUUCGAGGUAGUAAGGAGAUCGCGAAGGAGCAGGUCCUGGAGCAGCUGGGUCUGGGCGUUUCUGCGCGUAGUCGGGUCGGGGGCCCUGGUUUCCAGAAGGGGAUGGUGCAAAACGGGUACCCAGGAGGUUCCGUUGUUACCCGGUUCUUGUUGCCUGCGUCCGAGUGCGAGUACACGCUCAAUUCGUUGUUGGAUGAAUUGCAGACGGAUCAGUGGCCUGUUGCGCCAGGUAAUCGGGCGGCGCGCUGCACGGGAGUUGCAUUGAGCGUUGCAGCCGGAUUAGUUGGGGCUUGUCUCCCUGGGACUGGAGCUCGGAUAAUUGCUUUGGUUGGAGGACCAUGCACUGAAGGACCGGGCACGAUUGUAUCCAAAGACUUAUCAGAUCCUGUACGUUCACAUAAAGAUCUUGACAAAGAUGCUGCACCAUAUUUCAAGAAAGCAGUCAAAUUUUAUGAUAGUCUUGCUAAGCAGCUGGUCAGCCAGGGCCAUGUUUUAGAUCUUUUCGCAUCAGCCCUUGAUCAGGUUGGGGUUGCAGAAAUGAAAGUUGCGGUUGAAAGAACCGGUGGUCUGGUUGUUUUGGCAGAAAGUUUUGGUCAUUCUGUAUUUAAGGACUCUUUCAAACGUGUAUUUGAAGAUGGGGAACAAUCUCUUGGACUUUGCUUCAAUGGCAUACUUGAGAUAAACUGCUCCAAGGACAUCAAAAUAGAGGGUAUCCUUGGACCUUGCUCUUCUUUGGAGAAGAAAGGACCAGCUGUCGCAGACACGGUCACUGGGGAGGGUGGCACUACAGCGUGGAAAAUGUGUGGCCUUGACAAGAGUACUUGCUUAACUGUCUUGUUUGAUCUUUCAUCCAGUGAACGGUCUGCUGCUCCUGGAACUGUAAACCCACAAUUGUAUUUGCAGUUCCUCACAAGUUAUCAGAACCCUGAAGGUCAAUCAAUGCUUAGAGUUACAACAGUCACUCGAACAUGGAUAGACAGUUCUGUCAGCUCUGAGGACCUGGUACAAGGCUUUGAUCAGGAGACAGCUGCUGUGGUAAUGGCAAGAAUAGCUUCCUUCAAAAUGGAGACGGAGGAAGGAUUUGAUGCUACUCGGUGGUUGGAUAGGAAACUUAUUCGCGUUUGUUCCAAGUUUGGUGACUAUCGAAAGGAUGAUCCAACAUCCUUUAUGUUAAAUCCUUGUUUCUCAUUGUUUCCUCAAUUUUUGUUCAAUCUACGGCGGUCGCAGUUUGUACAGGUUUUCAACAAUAGUCCAGAUGAGACUGCCUACUUUCGGAUGCUAUUAAACCGUGAAAAUAUUGCUAAUGCUGCAGUCAUGAUUCAACCGUCACUUAUAUCAUAUUCAUUCAAUUCAUUACCAGCGCCGGCUUUGCUGGAUGUAGCUUCCAUAGCAGCUGAUCGUAUUCUAUUGCUAGACUCGUACUUUAGCAUUGUCAUUUUCCAUGGAAUGACGAUAGCUCAAUGGCGUAACAUGGGAUACCAGAAUCAACCGGAGCACCAGGCAUUUGCACAACUAUUGCAAGCUCCUAAUGAUGAUGCGCAGAUGAUCAUUCGUGAACGGUUUCCUGUUCCCAGAUUGGUUGUAUGUGAUCAGCAUGGAUCACAGGCGAGGUUCUUGUUGGCAAAGUUGAACCCAUCAGCCACAUACAAUAACGCCCACGAAAUGACUGCUGGGUCGGAUGUGAUUUUCACCGAUGAUGUGAGUCUUCAAGUUUUCUUUGAACACCUUCAGAGGCUGGCUGUGCAAUCCUAGAGGCAGCAAUAGAGCUUUGAGAGUUUGAGCAUCAUAGGGUCUUUUAAUCAUUUCCUCCUUGUUGCCCUCUUGCAUUUGAUAUUUUUUGUUUUUGUUUUUUAAGAUGAGAUUUGUGACCCUGCAAUGAAUACAUCAGCAAGAGAAUAAUAUAGGCACAAGUAAUUCUUUGGGGUCUAUGGGGGGGUGUUUUGGAGGAACUUGCUUCCCUGAGAGAUGAUUGAACGGUUUUCAGUUAAGUUUAUAAGGGAAGAAAGGAACAAAAGGAAGUAAUGUAAGAUAUUGGGUCUGACAUCCUUUUCCUUUGUUUUGUAAUUGAUAUUAGAUGGAUUUUGUGGGGGGGUUUUUAAUUUUCUCUUUCAAUGGUUUCUCUGGGAUUUUGUAUCAAUAGUUAUGGUAUUCUGUUUAUUGCA